AUGUACGCUGAUGUUGCGCUUCGUGGAGCAGACGCGGGGGGAGGAGGCGGCGGCGGCGGCAGCGGUGAGGGUAUUAUGCGUGAGCGCGGCGGUGUCCGCCCCCUUCUGCCUCCCGUUCACUUCAAUGCGGAGUUGCCGCCGGGCGCGUCAGUCGGAUGCGCACCGUUUCUGAUGGUGGUGGUUGUCGCCAUGCUGCCGUUUCUCUUCGGCGUGGGCAACGUGCUCUGGCCGGCGGUGAAGCGGUGGUGGCGGCGACGUUGGGGCAAGCCAUCUGCGGGUGAGACCGUGCGCACCAUUACGGGGCGCUUUCACCGCGGCGACGCCAGAAAUCGCUGGAGUGAAGACGGCGGAAGCGCGCACAGCGGCAUCCUUCUCCACGCGGUGCUGCUGUACAUCGCCAGAGGCGCUGGGGCGGCGCACGACGGGGAGAGUCUCUGGAGGGAGGCGGAUUGGCGCAACAAGCCAUCUGUGCUUUUUCUCUUUGACCCGCUCAAGAGCGACUCCCACCUGGUGCUCGCCCCGAGCUCCUUUGAGCCCGUCGGCGUCUACCAAACGGGGGCGGAGCAGCGCGCCCUGUGCGAGCGAGAGCAGCUGCAGCGGUACACCGUCCUGCGACUCCCCACCGCCGGCGCGUGGGUGGCGGUGGGCGACGGCGUUUACGUGACGUACCAGCGACGCCGGGCGGACGCCGCCGGCGUGGACAAGGUGGAGCACACGGUGCAUCUGAAGGCGGUGGGGCCGAACGGUCCCCGCUGUUUGGAGAGUUUUGUCUCCCGCUCGCUGCGCCACUACGUGAAGGAGCUGCCCGCCGCCACCGCCGCCUGCCGGUACUGCCUGCACAUGCAGGUCGGCAAGGAUGGGCUGUGCUUCAGGAAAACUCCGCUUUGCUCCACGAAGUCGUUCGACACUUUGUUUUUCCCGCAGAAGCGGGGCAUCCUGGCGCUGCUCGACCGCUUCCUCCGGAAGGAGGGCCGCUUCGCCGUGGAGGGGAUUCCCGACAAACUCGGGUUUCUCCUGCACGGCCCGGAAGGCACGGGGAAGACGGCCUUCGCGGCGGCGCUGGCGGCGUACACCUCCCGCCAUGUCAUUCUUUUGCGCCUCCCGCUCUUUUCCACGAACCAGCAGCUGCUUGACGUUUUCCUCGCCCGGGAGCUGGCGUGCGUCGGGGAGAGCCAGCCCUUCCGCUUCUCCUACGCCGACGUCGUCUUCCUGCUGGACGGCGUCGACCACAGGGAUGCGCUACUGCGGCGGCGGCGCUCCGCCGCGGACGGCGACGCCCCGGCGCUCGGCCCGCGCAGGCCGCGGGUGAACGACGCUCCCUCGCUCUCCAGCCUCCUCAACGCCCUCGACGGUGUGGUGGAGACGCCCUCCCGCAUCGUCGUGAUGACCACGCGAGACCCAAGCGGCAUCGACCCCGCCCUGCUGCGCCCGCGCCGCUUUGACUACACGGUGCGCAUGGGCCACCUGCGGCUGCCGGAGCUGCUCGAACUGUUGGGCCUCCACUACGGCACGGUGGAGGCCCACGGCACGGGGCCAAGCACGAAGGACCGUCGGCUGCGCCAGGAGGAGAUCGCCGAGGUGCGUCGCUCCGUGGACUUGCUUGCGCAGGAUGAGUUUAGCAUCAGCGGCGCAGUCGCAGAGUCCAUGUGUUUUGCCGCGCCCUCGCUGAAAGCGUUUCUCGACGCACUGCGUCGCCGUUACCUCAGCGACCGCUAA